AACCCAAAAAAAAACUGGUCGGUUUUCUACAACCAUAAUCUUGAAGUCUAGAACCAACCGACCCAUGUAUAGAUUACUUGUACCUCAUUUAUAUGACCAAGUGAAGUAAAAAUUAAUCCACUAGGACACGCCACACGGUAGUAAAGCUACACCUUCGUUUAUUCCCUUCGUCUUCCACUCGCCAAAACAACAACCAAAAUUCUCUCUCUCUCUUCAAAAACCCUAAAAUCGAACAACUUCGAUCGCACCACAAAACCCCAAUUGCUUCAUUCAAUAACAAACACCCUUUUAUCCGAUCAAAAACCCCAUCAAUUCUAUACAUAUAAUCACACAUACUAAUAUUAUUAAUUUACAUACACAUAAGGAUUUGGGUUUUUUGCGAUCUUUGAUUAAAACCUGCAAAUUAGUUGUUUUUAUCAUUGUUGGGAAUGUCGAAUUCGGGUCGGAGCCGGGUCAGAGAGGACAGAUUUUACUGCCCACCGGCGAUGAGAAGGUACAACCAGCAACAGCAGAAGAUAGUACAACAAGAGGAGCAGAAAGUACAACCCUCAAAGCAGAAGCAAUCGGAGCCGUUGAUUAGCAGCAAUAGAAAUGAUGUGACUACUAAUUUGGAUCGGUUUAUGAAACACACGACUCCAGUUGUUACAGCUCAGCAUUUCCCUAAGACUAGCAUGAAGGGAUGGAGGAAUAAAGUAAACGGUUACAACCCAUAUUUUGUGCUUGGGGAUCUUUGGGAGUCUUUAAAGGAAUGGAGUGCAUAUGGAGCUGGAGUUCCUCUUGUGUUGAAUGAAAGUGAUUCAGUUGUUCAAUACUAUGUUCCUUAUUUGUCCGGCAUUCAACUUUAUGUAGAUCCGACAACACCCCUAACCAAAAUAAGGCCAGGUGAAGAAAGCGAUUCUGAUUCAUCAAGAGCCACGAGUAGCGAUGGUAGUUAUGAGCCUCGAGUUGAAAAAAAUAAUGUCGGUUCAGUUGCUAAAAACUUCAAUAAUUUGAAACUGAGAGGUGGUGAUUAUUUUAUCGGAAACGGUCUCGAAGAAAGUGAGAUUAGAAAUCCUCCUGGGCAUUUAAUAUUUGAAUACUUUGAACAUGCGUUACCGUAUCAUCGUGCGCCUAUAGCUGACAAGAUUUCAGAUCUUGCAUCGAAGUUCCCAGAACUGAAAACGUAUCGGAGUUGUGAUUUAACUCAAUCAAGUUGGGUUUCCAUUGCUUGGUAUCCCAUAUACAGAAUUCCAGUCGGUCCGUCUCUGCAGAAUCUUGAUGCUAGUUUCUUGACUUUCCAUUCUCUAUCAACACCGUUAAGAAGUGAUAAGCCACAUGAUCAUGGGCCAGCCGUAAUUAAGGUUGAUGAUGUUGGGAUGCCAUGUCAGCUCACAUUGCCAAUCUUCGGACUUGCGGUUUACAAGUUCAAGACAUCCGAUUGGACCCAAAGCGGGGCCCACGGGACGGAAAUAGUGAACUCCUUUAUGAACUCGACUGAAAACUGGCUGCGGAGUUUAAACGUGUAUCACCCGGAUUUUGUGUUUUUCAAGAACCGUGAUUUCGUUCAGUAAAAUGGACGAAUGCAGGUGGCAAAACAGAUAGGUAAAACUGACUAAAGUUGUUUUUUUUUUUUUUUUUUUGGGUAUGAAAAUGGUAAAAGAAAUUAGUAGGAAGGGGUCCAUGUUUGGGGCUUUUUGAUAUGAUGUAACUUACUGUACAAACUGUGUUAUUAGCAUGUGUAAACUAAUGCUUUUAUUUGCUAAAAUAUGAAAACUAAUUAUUAGGAGGAUGUACAUACUCAUUUUGUUAUAAUGAUAUAAUAGUGUAAGAAAAGAUCCUAUACACGUGGACC